UUGAUUUGUCGUUCUUCAUUGUGUGAGUACCAUUACAUUUUACAUAAUUAUUAUAUUAUUAACUAUACAUAAAUUCUGUGUUAUCGGUAUUAUAUUUGUGAAUUAUUAUAACAAAAAAUAAUGUAAAUUUUUUUUUGUUUAACUUUAAGUUUGGUUGAUAGACUGUUACCUAUAGUAAACCAAAUCGGCUUAAUGUGCAAUGAAAAUACAACUGCUUGUUUAUGUAAUAGGAAUUUAUUUGCACCGAUAAUCUAUUAUAUUAUUAAAAAAUUUAUUAUUAUACUCAUCAACUUAGCUAAAUCAAACAUGCCCAAAGAUGAUCAAGUUACCGAAAAAAAAUUUAAAACUACAGAUUCAAUGGCCAACACUGCUGACGAAGCUGGUCAUGGUACAUGCAUUACAAAAUAAUCUAGCUAGUCAAAGCACAGAACAAAAUAACCGAGUAGUCGUUCAAGCUGAAGUUCAUCUGCCUGUAUCCAUAGGUGCCGCCAAGAAUUUUAUCGGGGAGUGUGCAUCGUGCAACCAGGGGGGUGCAAGUGCACUCCCUUGCACCCCCCUCGCGGCGCCUAUGCCUGUAUCUGAUGCAGAACGUGUUCGACAAUAUCGAAAUCGACAAAAUGAAAAAAAAUCGCAGUAUAGCGUUAGUGGUGUAUCAUUGAUAUCACCUGCACCAAAGGCCGUAUCUGAGGGGGGGUCCAAGAGGUCCGGACCCCCCUGAAAUUUAUAAAAGUAGAAAUAUUUUAGUGUUACGACCUUGCUUAGAUCUAUGUCAGAUGCAGAACGUUCACGGCACUAUCGUAUUCGGAAACGUGAAGAUAUAUUGCAAAAUAACUAGGAUGCUAUAUUAACGUUAUAUCUUAGUGCUGUAUCUGAUACAAAACUUACAUGACAACUUCGUAUACAGAAUAGACAUUUAUAAUUUCUUAAUAUAUUUUAGUUUUUUUCUAUAAAUGUAAAUAAAAAAUGUUGUGGUUAAAAUUGUAAAAAUAUAAUACAAGCUACAAGGUUCCUCACAAGUAGUACAUACUGAAAAUAAAAAAUCUAAAACAAUUUAAAAUUCUUUUUAUACUCAAUCCCCAUACUACAAUACCUGUUAAUUUAAAAUAUAAUCAAAUGUCUACAAAUGAAUGCUAAAAUAAACUCACUUUGUUAUUUGUCACAAUCGCAUGAAUAAGAUAUCUUACUCCAG